GCGUCCCCUUCUUCUCUCUUUUCUCGCGUUACUUAGGAGCCUGCUUACCUAAUGCAGGGUACGUACCUCUAACCUGGCAUCCCCGUCCCGCAAACAAUUUUCGAUGGGGUCCCCGCGUCCGGCGGGCACGACGGACAGCAGCCGGCCGGCCGGUCAUCAAUCAAUCAAUCAAUCGAUCGAUACGCGGCGUCAACCGUGGAAUCCCCAUUCAGUUGCCGGGUUUCGGUCCUCUCGACAGCCAACUAACUUCAGCCACUACUCGCUCGGUAACAGGGACAGAGUAACCGGUUGCCCAAGAUGAUUCAACUAAAGACGAUGCUCAACUGCAUCGACAACUCGGGUGCUGCCCUGGUGGAAUGCGCCAUGGUUGUCGGCCAAAAGAGGCAUGCUUCGAUUGGCGACCGCAUAGUAGUAGUCGUCCAAAAACAGCGCGGCGCCGACUCGGCCGGCAUGGCCGCCUCUUCGGCCGCCACCAAGGUGAAGCGCGGCGACAUCCGCCACGCCGUGGUAGUGCGCACCAAGCAAAAAGUCCAGCGCCGCGACGGUUCGGUCGUCCGGUUCGACGACAACGCCUGUGUCUUGAUCAACAAGGCCGGCGACCCGAUCGGAUCGCGCAUCAAUGGUGUGGUGGGCCAGGAACUGCGAAAGAAAAAGUGGAGCAAGAUAUUGAGUAUGGCGCCUAUGCAGGCUUAGCUAGGCUUGAUUGAUCGAUCAGGGAGGAUAUAUGUACGAUGGAUGUAGCGGGAGAAUCAAGAUGGAAUGAAAUAUGAAUACCCGUAAAGAAAAAGAGUUGAGUUUGUUGGGGUGGGAUGUGGCGUGACGCUCCUUGAAGUGAAGAGGAGUAUGCUCGGUGGGAUGUGUCAUUGCGGUGACUUGGUGACUCUCGUGGGGGGUUUGGGUGUCGGCUCAGCUUGGGUUGGCUGUGUUGAGGUAAUGACUGACGAUGAGCGCUACGGAACAUCACUUUGUUGAUAUCUGACGGAACUGUGGUUUGUGUGUCUACGGAUUUCCAGGAUGGACUUGGGAUGGCCUGGCGUAUACGGGUUUGAGACUGCGACGUUGUUCUCAAGGUACGACGGCUUCACACACCGGACAUCACACCAAAAUAUGGUCUCAUCGAACGGCCUUUCUUCAAGCGCCAUUUUGGGUAACGAUCAGCCAGCAGCAGCCGUCACAUCAGUCGAUUAGGUUUACCAGUCACUUCAGUUCGGG